GCAAGCCGUGGUGGACCCGGAUGUGGGCAAGAGCGUCGUGGAGAUUGUCCAAGCCCGAGGCUACGCCAUCGAAACUCACCAAGUCACAACUUCUGAUCGCUACGUACUCACGAUGUACCGCCUUCCGAAGACUUAUGCUGAAAGUCAGUCGGGCGCCGCCGCUGCUGCUAAUAAACCCGCUGUCCACCUGCAGCACGGACUUCUCGACAGCAGCUUCACGUUCGUCUCGAACUUUCGUAACCAGAGUUUGGCGUACGUGCUGGCUGAUGCUGGCUUUGACGUUUGGCUCGGUAACAACCGGGGUACGACGUGGUCCCGCUCGCACCUCGACUACACCACCGACGAUGACGAGUUCUGGGAUUUCACCUGGGAAGACAUGGGUUUGUACGACUUGCCGGCGUUUGUGAACCAUAUCCUCGACACAACUGGUCGCUCGACAGUGAGCUAUGUGGGCCACUCGGAAGGAACGACGCAAGCUUUCGUGGGGUUCUCAAAGAACCAGGAAGUCGCGAAGAAGGUCGACUACUUCGGAGCUCUGGCUCCGGUUGCCUGGACCGGUCAUGCGACGGCUGCGCUCUUCGUUGCACUGGCUAAGCUCAAAGUGGACGUGAGCUUUCUUAACCUGGGCUUCACAAGCUUCCUGCCGCACAGCGACCUGCUGACCGUCCUCUUGUCGGACGUCGUGUGCACCAACGUGGCUGAGUUCUGUGACUCCGCCAUCGGCCUCAUCGCUGGGCCGUCCGAUAACCUUAAUGCUACACGCAUUCCUGUCUACUUAUCGCAGACUCCUGCCGGCACGUCGGUGAGGAACAUGGCUCACUAUGCGCAAGGCAUCCGUGACGACACUUUCGCGUCGUACGACUAUGGCUGCAGUUGUCUGCGUAUUCUUGGUAUCAACCUUUGCUCGACACUCAUCUGCAAGAACAAGGCUGUGUAUGGCAGCUUCGAUCCGCCCGCCUACCCCGUUGGCAACAUGGUGUACCCUCGCACGGGCUUCUACAUCGGCGCGACGGACACCUUCGCGACAUCCACCGACAUUGCCCAGAUCCGCUCCGGGCUCCCAAGCAGUACCAUCGUGUACGAGAAAACCAUCGAUGCGUUCUCGCAUCUGGACUUUACGUGGGCCCAGAAUGCGAAUGAGCUGGUAUACCAGGACCUGCUAGUGCAGCUCAAGAAGUACGCCGGCCAAACGUACUAAAACCUGAAGGUAACCAAGUUGUGUUAAGUGAAAUUGAGCUUAAAAUUGUUGUGAUAAUUGAAAAAUUGAUAUUUGGACA